UGGUUUUCCAUCAAAUUAGACACUAUUAAAACCCCUUCUUCUCACUCUCUCACUCCAGUUCUAGGGUUUCCAUUCCCUUCUCUUUCUCUCCCCUCUCGUUUCAGUCAGUAUAGUGUAAUCUUGUCGAAAUGGGGUCUCUCCCCGAGUCCGCUCUCUCCAAUCAGACUGAAAAUCCAGCAUCGAAGAAGAAGAUGGGUAAAGCAAAUGCUACGGUGAAAGCUGAGCCUAAAGGGAAGAAGCGUGUUUCCCCUCGGAAUGCAAGUAGCGAAGAAGAGGCUUCUGGGCCUCGAAAGCUGCCCAAACGAGCAGCUGCUUGUACUGACUUCAAGGAGAAAUCUGUUCGCCUGUCCGAAAAGUCUCACCUUGUAGAGAACAAGAAGGAUCAGCUUGUCGACGAUGAGAUCCUGGCUUUGCGCCUUACUUGUGGAGAAGGUGGUGAUGAUGGUCGCCCCAACAGAAGGCUUACUGAGUUCAUUGUGCAUGAUGAAGAUGGUGUUUCGCGCCCUCUCGAGAUGUUGGAAGUCGAUGACAUGUUUAUCUCUGGCGUUAUGUUGCCCUUGGAAGAAAUUUCUGACAAGGGUAAGCUAGGAGGAGGCAUAAGAUGUGAAGGUUUUGGGCGAAUAGAAUCGUGGGACAUCUCUGGUUACGAAGAUGGACAACCAGUUGUAUGGCUUUCGACUGAGGCUGCUGAUUAUCACUGUGUUAAACCUGCUGCUACUUACAAGAAAUUUUAUCUCCAUUUCUUUGAGAAGGCUCGUGUAUGUGUCGAGGUCUACAAACAAGUUUCUAAAUCUUUUGGAGGGAGCUUUGAUUGCAGUCUUGAUGAGUUACUAGCUGGUGUUUUUCGUUCAAUGAAUGCCAGCAAGUGCUUUUCAGGUAACUUACCUAUAAGAGACUUUGUUGUUUCACAGGGUGAGUUUAUAUAUAAACAGUUGAUAGGCUUGGAUGAAACAUCCAAGAAUGGUCAUCUGUUUGCCAAUGUGCCUGUUCUUGCCACUCUAAGAGAUGAGUGUAAAAAGCGUCAAAAUUUCAUGGAACCAAAAAACAUCCCUUCAAGUGGGACAUUAAAGAUCAAUUCAGAAAGUGGAGAUGCUAAAACCAAACCAAAUGCAUCUGGUUCACCCGUUUGUGCUGAAGAGGAAGAUGAGGAUGUGAAACUAGCAAAGUUAUUGCAAGAAGAAGAGUACUGGCAGUCAAUGAAGCAGAAAAAGGGCCGGGGUUUGGCCCCAGGGUCAAGCAAGUACUACGUUAAAAUUAAUGAAGACGAAAUUGCAAAUGACUAUCCUCUACCUGCUUUUUACAAGAACUCCGCUGAAGAAACUGAUGAGUUCAUAGUUUUUGAUAGUGACUUGGAUAUGUGCUAUCCUGAUGAGCUUCCUCGAAGCAUGCUUCAUAAUUGGUCUCUCUACAAUUCAGACUUGAGAUUGGUUUCGCUAGAGCUUCUUCCUAUGAAACCUUGUUCAGAUAUUGAUGUUACAAUCUAUGGAUCUGGUGUAAUGACUGCUGAUGAUGGAAGUGGAUUUUGCCUUGAUAAUGAUUUAGAACAGUCUUCUUCAAAGAGCACAGAAGCGCAAACUGUUGAUGGUAUGCCAAUCUAUUUGAGUGCUAUAAAAGAGUGGAUGAUUGAAUUUGGUUCGUCAAUGGUUUUCAUUUCAAUCCGAACAGAUAUGGCAUGGUACAGACUUGGCAAGCCAUCAAAGCAAUAUGCACCUUGGUAUGAAACUGUUCUAAAGACAGCGAAGCUUGGGAUAAGUAUUAUUACUUUGUUGAAGGAACAAAGCCGAAUUUCACGUCUAUCUUUUUCUGAUGUCAUCAAGAGAGUAUCUGAAUUUAAAAAAGAUGACCGCGCUUAUGUUUCUUCUGAUGCAGCAGCUAUUGAGAGAUAUGUAGUGGUACAUGGGCAGAUUAUACUACAAUUGUUUGCAGAAUUUCCAGAUGAAAAGAUCAGAAAAUGUGCAUUUGUGAUGGGUCUUACAGAUAAAAUGGAGCAGAGGCACCAUACUAAAUGGUUAGUAAAAAAGAAGAAGGUUGUGCAGAAGAGUGAACUCAAUUUGAAUCCAAGAGCUGCCAUGGCACCUGUGACAUCUAAGAGGAAGGCUAUGCAAGCUACUACUACGAGGCUGAUCAACAGAAUCUGGGGGGAGUACUAUUCAAAUUACUCUCCAGAAGAAUCGAACAAAGAAGCUGAAGGUGAAAUAAAAGAAGAGGAUGAAGUUGAGGAGCAAGAAGAAAAUGAGGAAGAUGAUGCUGAAGAGGACUUCCUAGGGUUGGAGAAAGCAGAGAAACCUAGUCCAUUGUUGAGGAAAACUAAAUCAUGUUUUACUGAAAAGGAAGUAUCUUGGGAUGGAAAGUCUGUUGGUAAAACAACUUCUGGUGAAGCUCUUUAUCGGAGAGCAUUCCUUCGUGGAGAAACAAUCACUGUUGGGGGAGCUGUUUUGGUGGAAGUUGAAGACUCAGACGAACAACCAGAUAUAUAUUUGGUGGAAUAUAUGUUUGAAGCAUCAGAUGGAGGAAAAAUGCUUCAUGGAAGAGUGAUGCAACGAGGAUCUCAGACAGUUCUUGGAAACACUGCUAAUGAAAGAGAAGUAUUCCUGACAAAUGAAUGCAUAAAUGUGAGACUGGAGGAUUGUAAACAGAAUGUUGUUGUGGCUAUCAAAAUAAUGCCAUGGGGCCAUAAUCACCGGAAGGAUAAUGCAAAUGCCGACAGGGCUGAUAGAGCAAGAGCAGAGGAGAGGAAGAAGAAGGGUUUGCCAGUUGAAUAUUACUGUAAAAGCUUGUAUUGUCCCGAAAAAGGUGCCUUCUGUAGUCUUUCUCCUGAUACUAUUGGCCUGGGUUCUGGUAUCUGCCACUCUUGCAGAAUCAAUGAAGUUCAGAAAGAAAAGGAAGUUUAUAAAGUGAAUUCAUCUAAAAGUAGUUUUGUCUAUUAUGGAAUUGAGUAUUCUGUUUAUGAUUUUGUGUAUAUAAGCCCCCAUUCUUUCUCUGAGGAAAGAGUGGAGAGUGGAACUUUUAAAGGUGGGAGGAAUGUGGGUCUUAAAGCUUAUGUUGUGUGCCAAGUGUUGGAGAUUAUUACUAAGAAAGAAACCAAAGAAGCUCAAGUUAAAUCUACACAGGUGAAGGUGAGGAGAUUUUAUAGGCCAGAGGAUAUAUCAUCUCAGAAGGCAUAUGUUUCUGAUAUUCGGGAGGUUUAUUACAGCGAAGAAACACAUGUUAUGACUGUUGACAACAUUGAAGGGAAAUGUGAAGUCAGAAAGAAGAAUGAUGUUCUACUACUAUGUGAUGGUCUUGCCAUUUUUGAGCAUAUUUUCUUCUGUGAGCGUCUGUAUGAUCCUAAGAAAGGAUCACUCAAUCAGUUGCCAGCUCAGGUAAAACUAAGAUACUCAACUGUCAAGUACGGCAGUGAUGCUGUGUCUAGAAAGAAAAAGGGCAAGAGUAAAGAGGGAGAAAAUGAUUCAGAAAUUGAAAAACCUAUAGAAACAUCUCAGGAGAAGCGUUUGGCCACAUUAGACAUUUUUGCUGGUUGUGGCGGUUUGUCAGAAGGCUUACAUCAAUCUGGUGCUUCAUUAACUAAGUGGGCAAUUGAGUAUGAAGAACCAGCUGGAGAAGCAUUUAAACUCAACCACAAGGAGUCAUCGGUGUUUGUUAAUAACUGCAAUGUGAUUUUAAGGGCUGUAAUGGAGAAGUGUGGGGAUGCAGAUGAUUGCAUUUCGACCUCUGAAGCAGCUGAGUUAGCUGCAGCACUCAAUGAAAACAUAAUCAAUGAUUUGCCACUGCCAGGGCAAGUGGAUUUCAUUAAUGGAGGACCUCCAUGUCAGGGAUUUUCAGGAAUGAAUAGGUUCAACAAUAGUACUUGGAGUAAAGUUCAGUGUGAAAUGAUCUUGGCGUUCUUAUCAUUUGCAGAUUACUUUCGUCCCAAGUACUUCCUUUUAGAGAAUGUGAGAAACUUUGUAUCCUUCAACAAGGGUCAGACGUUUCGAUUGACUCUGGCUUCACUUCUUGAGAUGGGUUAUCAGGUGAGGUUUGGUAUUCUGGAAGCUGGAACUUUUGGGGUUUCUCAGUCACGAAAACGUGCAUUUAUUUGGGCAGCCUCCCCAGAAGAGGUUCUCCCAGAGUGGCCAGAGCCGAUGCAUGUUUUUGCUGCCCCAGAAUUGAAGAUUUCAUUAUCAGGAAAUCUACAAUAUGCUGCUGCUAGGAGCACUGCAAAUGGUGCUCCUUUUCGGGCAAUAACUGUGAGGGAUACUAUUGGUGAUCUUCCACCUGUAGGGAAUGGAGCCUCUAAGACCAAUUUAGAGUAUGAAGAUGAACCCAUCUCAUGGUUUCAAAAGAAAAUUAGAGGGAACAUGGCAGUUUUGACUGAUCACGUAUCGAAAGAAAUGAAUGAGCUGAAUCUUAUUCGAUGUAAGAAGAUUCCUAAGCGAGCUGGUGCAGAUUGGCAUGACCUUCCUGAUGAAAAGGUAAAACUGUCCACAGGACAAAUGGUUGAUUUAAUACCAUGGUGCCUGCCAAAUACUGCCAAGCGCCACAAUCAGUGGAAGGGCCUGUUUGGAAGGUUGGAUUGGGAAGGGAAUUUCCCAACUUCCAUUACGGAUCCUCAGCCAAUGGGUAAGGUUGGGAUGUGCUUUCACCCUGAGCAAGACAGAAUUCUGACAGUUCGAGAAUGUGCCAGAUCGCAAGGUUUCCCGGAUGGUUACCAAUUUUCUGGCAACAUUCUUCACAAGCACAGACAGAUAGGAAAUGCUGUACCUCCUCCUCUGGCAUAUGCAUUAGGUAGAAAACUCAAGGAAGCCUUGGCCAGCAAGAGAUCCAGCUAGAGAGUUACUUUCGUUAUUGUUCUGAAUAAGAAGUUGUGCAAGAUCAAGUAGGUGCGGAUUAUUUUUUCUCAAACCACAUAUUGGAGAAAAGGCGAAAUCAAAGCAUUUUCCGCCCAAUAUUCAUUUCAUGAGUUGGAGAAUUUUCUUUAUUGGCAUUGUUUGGUGACACAUUCUAGCUUCAUGUAACUCAUCAAAAAUGCAGUAGAAGUUAGAACACACCACAGAUCUAAGGCUAUGUUCACCACAUUAGAUCAUUUUAAUAUAUUUGUUAAUAAAAUAGGGAAACAUUAGCUUAUUCAAGAUGGGUGAUUUAUAUGUGAAAUGCUUGUGGCUAGCAUUUGUAGUAUGUAAUUGGAUGAUUUUAUACACCGAGCCAUUUUUUAAAAGUUUAA